AUGAGGUUGACUACCACCACAUUUUGUGCUUUAGCACUUGCAACAUUCGCUUCUGUAAACGCAGGAGGCUGGCACAAAGAUGAUCAAAAAGAAUCAAGUUACAAUAACAAUGAUCACGGUGGUAGUAAUCACAAUUCUCAUGGUGAUGACGAUGGUUCCUCUGAUUAUGAUCACAAUGGUGGUGGUGAACUUAGUGGUGGAGGAGUUGUGUAUAACUUGGGUGGUACUGCUUCACUCCCAUUUACCCAAGUCAAUGGUGUCAAGUACUACACUAUGGUUCUCACACUUGGAAACGUUUCCGCGGAUGGAUUCGUCUUUAAUCAAGGCAUAUUAAUCAAUGGUGUCUUUCCUGGUCCAGCCUUGGUUGCCACUGAAGGCGAUACUGUCUCUAUCAAUGUCGUGAAUCAACUGAGUGAACCAACAUCUAUGCACUGGCACGGUCUCUUCCAAUCUGUUACACCCUAUGCUGAUGGAGCUACAUACGUUACGCAAUGUCCCAUUCCUGUUGGCGAUUCGUUCACGUACACCUUCCAAAUCAAGCAACACGGAACGUACUGGUAUCACUCUCACUACGAUGCACAGUACGAGCAUGGAAGUCGUGGUCCCAUCAUCUUGAUGUCUGCUCAUGACAAGACCAUUGCUGCUGGUGCUUCAGACCGAGUUAUAACGCUUGGUGAUUGGUACCACUUAAACGGCUCAACUCUGUUGCAACAAUUCUUUGACCCAAUCAACAAUCCAACAGGUGCCGAACCAGUGCCAGAAUCUGGCCUCAUUAACGGUAAAGGACAAUACAACUGCUCUGGACUCCUCGCUGCCGGCUUGAUUCCAAACACAUCAGUCUGUACCCACGACCAAUACGCUGAGGUCAAGGUUGCUGCUGAUGGUCGAUACCGUGUUCGUGUCAUCAACCAUUCCGCUUUCACUUCAUGGAUUUUGAAAAUCGAUGGAAUCAAGUUUGUUAUUGUUGAAUUGGAUGGUACUGAUGUUCAUCCUACUCCUGUUGAUACUCUUCUCGUUGAUAUUGCUCAACGUGUGACCUUCUACUUGGCCCCAUCUGAUCAAGGAGUCGAAGAGGGAAGAUACGUUAUCAAUGCUACCAUGCAAUCUCAGUUCUAUCCAUACGUCAACCCAAAUCUCAACCCCACCGUCAUCGGAUACUUGAUUGUUGGAGAAGAUGUCCCAGUGACUCAAAUUGCUGCACAAAAUGCUACUAUUUUGGACUCGCAGGGCUUUGUCUCGCUAGCUGAUGCAACAAACGUUACUACCUUUACAUGGCCCAAACCUCUUGGUCACAUCCCUGCUUUACAAAUCACACCUACUACACCAGCCCAACGAUAUAUGUUUGAAUUCCGAUUUGACAAUGACGUUGCAACUGGCAGCAACUAUGCGUUCGUAUGGCUCUACCAUUACGUCAACGGUCAAUGGGUCAAGAGAUUUGGAGCUUCAUCAUGGCACCCAGACAACAACACCGCACUUCAACUCAGUAUUGAUGGUGCCAAAUCUGGCAAUUUGGUAACCGACACCAGUUCCGGCAAUUUUGCCCGUCAAUGGAAUGCUGUACCUCUCACACUUGGUGAUGUUGUUGAAAUAACAUUUGUCAACCAUGAAACAGUUCCUCAUCCAUUCCAUUUCCACGGCCACAACGCACAAAUACUGGGUCGUGGAGCCAUGCAGCAAGUCAACGGCACAGACAUCCUCCCCAUCAUAUCCGACAUUGACGCGGCAAUCCAAGCCACAACUGGCCUCAACUACCCACCAAUUCGUGACGUUGCAGCUGCACCACCAGUGGGUUGGAUGACGAUGCGAUUUGAGGCCAACAAUCCAGGAACAUGGACCUUCCAUUGUCACGUUGACUGGCACUUAGCGGCUGGUUUAUUAAUGACGAUGGUUGAAGGACAAGAAGCAUUAGCCAAAACACAGUUGCCAAGUGACUGGAACCGAUUGUGUGCUGAUUCUAAAGCUAAGGGGUUGUUGCCACCACCUGCUGGUAGCAAUAACAGGGUAUCUCUUAACUUCCCAGUAUAA